GCACUGUCCCCUUUGGGUGUUGAGGGUGGAGGUGGCACUGUCCCUUUGGGUGCUGGGGGGAAGAAGGAGGGUGACACCGUGUGACACGGGGACAGCAGAGGGCUGUCGCAAUGCCUGGGACAGUUCCUCCCUUCAAGGACACAGAAAUCCUCCAACAGCUGCUCCGCUCUGUGCCACCCAGCACCGUGGGGACACUCUGGUGACACCCCCUGCCACAGCCCCCAUGCAUCCAACUGGGGUGGGCAGCCACCCCUGACCCAACUUCACCCUAUCUGCAGGUGUCCCCACCUCGAAGGCACCCGUGGGACACUCUGGGGUCACCUAUGCAUCCCGUUGGGUUAAAAAAGCCAACCCCAACCUCACUUCACCCCAUUUGCAGACGUCGCCGCGCUGUCACCAUUCCCUGGUGUCCCUUCUGUGUCCCCUCCAAGCUGCGUACCCCACAAUAUUUUUCUAAUUUUCCCAUUUUUUGGUAGAUUUCUGCAUGGGCGAAGCCCCUCAGCGGACAUGGGGCAGAGUGCAUUGGAGCCACAGGAGGAGGCGGAGGACGCGUCCCUGAUGGCCACUUUGUCUGAGCUCUUUACCAAGGAGCAGCUCUCCACCAGCACGAUGCUGUGGGCGAUGCUCAGCUUCAGCCUCUUCACCAUCCUCUUUGCAAUUGGCAUCGUGCUGCUGGUCCGGCGGCUGCGCCUUAAGAAGGCGCCUGCACAGGAGACGCCCAAAUACCGCUUCCGAAAAAGGGACAAGAUGCUGUUCUACGGGCGCAAGAUCAUGCGCAAGGUCUCCCAGUCCACCUCCUCGCUGGUAGACACCACCAUUUCCAGCACCUCGCGGCCCCGCAUGAAGAAAAAACUCAAAAUGCUCAACAUUGCCAAAAAGUUCCUGCGUAUCCAGAAGGAGCUGCCCACGUUGCAGCUGAAGGAACCCCCUCCCUCAGUGCUGGAAGCUGACCUGACCGAAUUCGACGUGGCCAACUCCCACCUCCCCUCCGAGGUGCUCUACAUGCUCAAAAACGUCCGGGUGUUGGGACACUUUGAGAAGCCGCUGUUUCUGGAGCUCUGCAAGCACAUGGUUUUCCAGCAGUGUCAACAAGGGGAUUAUGUAUUCCGACCCGGGCAGCCCGACACCAGCAUCUACGUGCUGCAGGAUGGCAAGCUGGAGCUGCUCCUCACCGAGCCGGAUGGAAAGGAGACAGUGAUGAAAGAGGUGUUUCCUGGAGACAGUGUGCACAGCCUGCUCAGCAUCCUCGAUGUCAUCACGGGCCACCAGCGGCCGUACCGGACGGUGUGCGCGCGGGCGGCGGAGGAUUCUACAGUUCUGCGUUUACCAGUUGAAGCCUUUUCAGCUGUCUUUGAGAAAUACCCUGAGAGCCUGGUGCGGGUGGUGCAGAUCAUCAUGGUGCGCUUGCAACGCGUCACCUUCCUGGCACUGCACAAUUACCUGGGGCUGACCAACGAGCUUUUCAGCCACGAGAUGCAGCCGCUGCGGCUCUUCCCGCAGCCCAGCCACGCCACCCGCACCAGCCCAGUCCGCCACGGCAAGCGGGGUCUCGGCUCUGCUGAGGAGGGCAGGGAGAGACCAACGGAGCUGAUUGAGCCACUGAAAGCUGGAGUUCUGGAUGCCCCUGGACCACCGCUGCUGAGCCGCUGCAUCUCCAUGCCGGUGGAUAUCUCUGGCAUCCAGAAGGGUCCCCGCUCUGACUUUGACAUGGCCUACGAGCGCGGCCGCAUCUCAGUAUCGCUGCAGGAGGACAGCACCAGCCCCCUGGCUGCCUUCUCUCGGUCCAUCUCACACGAGCCCAAGGAACGCAAGUCGGUGACGGUGGAGGAGCAGCCAUCAGGCAUCUACAGGUACAGCUGUGAGGACGACUCAGCCGUGGUGGAUUGUCCCUUUGAGCCCUACCAGGGUCGCCAAACCAGCUCCAUCUUCGAGGCUGCCAAGCAAGAGUUGGUCAAACUCAUGAAGGUGGAGGACCCUUCUCUUCUCAACAACCGUGUCUUGCUUCAUCACGCCAAAGCUGGGACGGUUAUUGCCCGUCAAGGGGACCAGGACGUGAGCCUCCACUUCGUGCUGUGGGGCUGCCUACACGUCUACCAGAGGAUGAUCGACAAGGCCGAGGAUGUCUGCCUCUUCCUGACGCAGCCCGGUGAGAUGGUGGGGCAGCUGGCCGUGCUCACUGGGGAGCCCCUCAUCUUCACCAUCAAGGCCAACCGCGACUGUACCUUCCUCAAGAUCUCCAAGUCGGACUUCUACGAGAUCAUGCGGGAGCAGCCCAGCGUGGUGCUGAGCGUCGCCCACACCGUGGUCACCCGCAUGUCACCCUUCGUGCGCCAAAUGGACUUCGCCAUCGAUUGGAUGGCGGUGGAAGCCGGCCGGGCUCUCUACAGGCAGGGUGACAGGUCGGACUGCACCUACAUCGCUCUCAACGGGCGGCUCCGCUCCGUCAUCCAGAAGGGCAGCGGCAAAAAGGAGCUGAUCGGGGAGUACGGCCGCGGGGAUCUGAUCGGCGUGGUGGAAGCACUCACCCGGCAACCCCGUGCCACCACGGUGCACGCAGUGCGGGACACGGAGCUGGCCAAGCUGCCCGAAGGCACCUUGAACAACAUCAAGCGUCGGUACCCUCAGGUUGUCACCCGUCUCAUCCACCUCCUGAGCCAAAAGAUCCUGGGAAACCUCCAGCAGCUCCGCGGCCCCUUCGCAGGCUCUGGUUUGGGCAUGGCCUCCAGCUCGGAGCCCACCAACCCCACCAGCAACCUGUCAACGGUGGCGGUGCUGCCGGUGUGUGACGACGUGCCCACGGCUGCCUUCACCUUGGAGCUCAAACACGCACUGAAUGCCAUUGGUCCCGCGCUGGUCCUCACCAGUGACAUCAUCCGUGCCCGACUCGGCUCCUCGGCACUGGACAGCAUCCAUGAGUAUCGUCUGUCGGGCUGGCUGGCCCAGCAAGAAGACAUCCAUCGUAUCGUGCUCUACCAAACUGACUGCACUCUGACGCCGUGGACCGUGCGCUGCAUCCGGCAGGCAGACUGCAUCCUCAUCGUUGGGUUGGGGGACCAGGAGCCAGCGCUAGGAGAGCUGGAGCAGAUGCUGGAGAACACAGCGGUGCGUGCACUGAAGCAGUUGGUCCUCCUACACCGUGAGGACGGUCCCAGCCCAUCACGCACCGUUGAGUGGCUCAACAUGCGGAGCUGGUGCUCGGGCCACCUGCACAUCAAGUGUCCGCGCCGCGUCUUCUCCCGACGCAGCCCCGCCAAGCUGCGAGAGAUGUACGAGAAGGUGUUUGCCAGGAGCGCCGAUCGGCACAGCGACUUCUCCCGCUUGGCGCGGGUGCUCACCGGGAACACCAUCGCCCUCGUUUUGGGUGGCGGCGGAGCCAGGGGCUGCUCCCACAUCGGGGUGAUCAAGGCGAUGGAGGAGGUGGGGAUCCCCAUCGACAUGGUUGGCGGCACCUCCAUCGGCUCCUUCAUCGGCGCGCUGUACGCCGAGGAGCGCAGCGCUGUGCGCACCAAGCAGCGGGCACGGGAGUGGGCCAAGCGCAUGAAUUCGGUGUUUGCGACCGUCCUGGACCUCACCUACCCCAUCACCUCCAUGUUUUCGGGCUCAUCUUUCAACGCCAGCAUCAACAAAGUUUUCCAGGACAAGCAGAUCGAGGACCUUUGGCUUCCCUACUUCAACGUCACAACAGACAUCACAGCCUCAGCCAUGCGGGUGCACACGGAUGGCAGCCUUUGGCGUUACAUCCGAGCCAGUGCCUCCUAUCCCCCCUACCUGCCUCCACUCUGCGACCCCAAGGACAGCCACUACCUCGUGGACGGCUGCUAUGUUAACAAUGUCCCAGGCUCGCUCUGGCGGUACGUGCGAGCCAGCAUGACCCUAUCUGGGUACCUGCCACCCCUCUGCGACCCCAAGGACGGCAACUUGCUGAUGGACGGGGGUUACAUCAACAACCUGCCAGCUGACAUCGCUCGCAACAUGGGUGCCAAGACGGUGAUUGCCAUCGACGUGGGCAGCCAGGACGAGACAGACCUGUGCAACUAUGGGGACAACCUGUCGGGGUGGUGGCUGCUCUGGAAGCGCCUCAACCCUUGGGCUGAAAAAGUCAAGGUGCCCGACAUGGCGGAGAUCCAGUCGCGCUUGGCGUAUGUGUCGUGUGUCAGGCAGCUGGAGGUGGUGAAGUCCAGCUCGUACUGUGAGUACAUCCGUCCCCCGAUCGACCGCUUCAAGACGAUGGAUUUUGGCAAGUUCGAUGAGAUCUAUGAUGUGGGCUACCAGCAUGGCAAAUCGGUCUUUGAUGGCUGGAGUCAGAGUGACAUCAUUGAGAAGAUGGUGAGGGACCGGCGCUCGGCCGACUUCUAUGAGAGCAAACGCAUGGAUGUGCUCACGUACCCCAGUGCUGGUUUCACAGACCUGGCAGAGAUCAUCUCCCGCAUUGAGCCUGCCAAGCCCUACCCAUCGGAUGGAUACGCGGAUGAGGAGUCUGACUACCUCACCGAGUACGAGGACGAGGGGCCGGAGCUGUCGCGGGGCGAGGAGGAGGCGUUCGCCCCAACAGAGUGGCCUGGAGCCGGCGUGACAGAGGCUGAGGAAGAGCAGACCCUGCGGCACCGCCCCAGCCUGGCUCAGCCCUCCUCUACGCCCCCCACCUGAACCUGGAAGGCACUGAAGGACCCCAGCAGCCCCCCAGUUGCUGCCCCCAGCACUACCUCCGCACCCCGGGGCCCCCCACCCCUCUUUGUGGCUGCUUCCCCAGCCAGGGCUUAGCUCCGUGGCACUCCCCACCCACCCAGGACUGUCCCCACUGCUGUCCCCAAGUUGUGGGGUCACAGGGGGGGCUCCAGGGACCCUCCUUCUCCCCCCAUCCUGCACUGUUGCACUGGCCCAAAUCCCCCCGCUCCGCAGGACCGACCUCGUGGUGGUGGGGAGGAAUGACUGCUGUACAUUUUCUUUCGGUUUUGUUUCGUUCUGUUUUGUUUGUUUGUUUUGUUUUUUUAAUUAUUGUUAUUUAAAAACGAA